ACCCGUUAGUUAACGGGCGGAAACGGGCUGCGCGACAGAACCCAUCGAGCCCGGCCAGAAGAAAAAGAAACCCUCGCUCACUAACAGGAGGUUGUCACUCAGUCGAGUUUGAAUCUCAAUUCCUCUUCUCAACCUCACUUCCUCAAUUCCUCUACCUAAACGUCGUCGCUUCCUGAAGGAUUUCUCUUUCAAUACUCCGACGCCAUUGCUGAAACCCUCAACUCGACCACUUCAGUCUUCAGUUUCUAGGUGAAAUAAAGUCAUUGCUUGGAGUAUCUCAGGGGAAGCAAUUAUGUCAUUCAUGAAAGGAGAUUUACUUACUAAAACCAGAAAGCUGGUCAAAGGCUUGGCCAAGGCUGAGCCUGUUUGGUACAAAGCCAUGGAACAAGCACCACCUCCAACAUUUCCUCGUGCUGAUGCAAUUCAGAGGAUCACUCUCCCAGAGGAUGUUUACAUAAAAAAGUUUUUAAAGAAGCAUCCAGAUUCCAAACAUGAAGACGCAAUCAAGUUUUCUGCUUUUGAUCCUGCUCCAGCCCGUAUAUUUGGUCGUCGGGUUCUUGAGUUGAAGGAGCAGGGGGUUUCUGAACAGGAAGCAAUGGCGGUGGCUGAUAUGGAAUACCGGGCAGAGAUAAAGGCAAAGAAGAAGGCAUAUGUUGCGUUGAAGAAAAUUGCACGUCAACAAGGAAAGAGGCCUCCUCCCAACCCAUAUCCCAGUGUUGUCAAGGAGAUACAAGCUGAGGAGAAGAAGUAUGUCUAUGACCGUUUUCACAAUCCAAGAAUUCGCCAGAUUUUAAGGAAACUGCAAGAGGAAAAGGCAGUUGAGGAUCAGGACAGAAUGAGAGGGGGUUGGGGUGGUGGUGGUGGUGGUGGUGGCGGUGGCGGUGGUGGUUGGGGUGGUGGUGGCAGUGGUGGUGUUGGUGGUGGUUGGGGAAGCAGUGGCAGUGGCGGCGGCAUGGGUGGCGGUGGUGGUUGGGGAAGCAGUGGCAGUGGUGGCGGCGGCAUGGUUGGCGGUGGUUGGAGAAGCAGUGGCGGUGGUGGCAUGGGUGGCGGUGGUAGUGGCAGUGGUGGUUGGGGUGGCCGGUAACAUUUUAAGCUUCAUCAGUUGAGAUUGGUUAGUUAGCCUCCUGAGAUUUCUUCCAAAUAUUUUUUUUUCAAGUAUUUGUCCUUGCAUAUUUUAAGGUUGUAAUAUGCUAGACUCUUGUGAAUGAAUCAUUUCACAUGGUAUUGCAUUGUUGGUCCACAUGCCUUGCAUGCUUUGACGUAAAAAAAAGAAAUGUGGAUCUCAUAGAUUGCUGUUUGCAGCAAGCUUUUAGAAGAUAAUGGGAUUUUUCUGCAAGAAAAAAUGGAUUACUAUUAGAUUCGAGGCCAGUGUUCAAAUUUCCGUUCGGUUUGCUCUAUUGUAAGAAAUAAUUAUACUACAAGAUCAAUUUAGAAUAAAAUUUUGAGAUUUGAUUUGUUUGA